ACAAGAUUACUAAGAGGACAGUUAAUGCAUUCUUGUACGCAGUUAGCGCUGUUUAGCUUUGUGAAGAUUACAGUCAAAAAUAGGGGCGCAUGGCGAAUCACAGAUAAAAGCACUCACAGGUGGAGACACAAAAGGAACUACCGCUGUCCUUUUCAUCGAUACAUCCUGUUAAGGGGUAUAAGAGGGGCCUGAUUCUGAAUAUCACUCCUGAAUGGAUAAGGAGGACCUCGGGACAUAGCACAACCAUACAGGAACCAAAGACAACAGUUGCGCUUACAAUCCAUGCAACCAAACCAACUUUUAGCGCGCGGAGUGUGUUGCGAAAAACGCACGAAAAAGGGAAAGCACAUUUUGCUUGGACAGGAAGAACUUCGCUAAAACUAUAGUACGAAAUUCACAUAGCAGUUAAAAGGGAAAGUAAAGAGGCUUAUUGUGGAAGAAAACGUCUGGACCCUGAAACCUGGACUUCUGAGUAGCUGAUUUGCAAAGCAUUCUCCCAUGCGGCUGGAAGGCGCAAGAAUGGACUUGCUUAAAAAAAUAUGGACGGCUCGGAAACUAAUUCUCGUGGUCAUGAUCCCUUUGUUGUUGCUGCCUCUGCCACUCAUCCACCCGUGCAGUGAAUCGUCUUGUGCAUAUGUCCUGAUAGUGACAGCGGUGUAUUGGGUAUCUGAAGCUGUGCCACUGGGUGCUGCUGCACUGGUGCCAGCUUUUCUGUACCCACUGUUUGGGGUCCUCAAAUCCAGUGAGGUGGCCUCAGAGUAUUUUAAGGACACCACACUGUUGCUGAUGGGGGUCAUAUGUCUGGCUGCAUCCAUUGAGAAAUGGAGCCUGCAUAAACGCAUCGCCCUCCGGAUGGUCAUGAUCGCUGGAGCAAAACCGGGCAUGCUGGUGUUGGGGUUCAUGUGCUGUACCGUUUUUCUCUCCAUGUGGUUGAGCAACACGUCAACCACGGCGAUGGUGAUGCCGAUCGCUGAAGCUGUGCUACAACAACUGAUCUGCACCGGAAUUGCAGAUAGUCUUGAAGACUCGGUGACUGUGGAUACUACACAGGACGAGGAGAGCGACAAAGAGGAAAACCAAGAACUGAGCAAGAAUCAACUUGAGUUGAUGGACCGUAAAAUAAAUGAAAAACAUGAAGUCUGCAUGCUGAAUGAGGAGUCGAAUGGUCUAGUAUUAAUGACUGGUUUCCGCCCAGAAUUUUCUAAACAAACAAAUGGAUAUCUACCGGAGACUCCAGUCAGCAUUCCUGUGCCAAAGAAACCCAAAAUCCGUCGGGAUUCUCUGUACCCCACCAAGAGAGAUCACAUGAUCUGCAAAUGUCUGUCUCUCAGCAUCACGUACGCGGCCACCAUCGGUGGGCUCAUCACAAUAACCGGCACAUCCACCAACCUCAUCUUCGCCGAACAAUUCAACAAUCGCUACCCAGAAGCAAAGGUCAUCAAUUUCGGCACUUGGUUCAUCUUCAGCUUUCCGAUCGCUCUGAUUAUGCUGAUACUCACCUGGAUCUGGUUGCACUUUUUAUUUUUGGGAACCAAUUUUAAAGAGACUUGCUCUCUCAGCAAGAAACGCAAAACCAGGCGUGAGAUUCUUUCUGAGAAACGCAUUCAUGAGGAAUAUCAGAAACUCGGCCCUAUCAGCUAUCCUGAAGUCGUGACGGGUGUCUUCUUUGUUCUGAUGACUGUACUGUGGUUCACCAGGGAACCAGGAUUUGUUCCCGGCUGGACGUCCCUGUUUGAGAAGAAGGGCUACAGGACCGAUGCUACAGUGUCGGUGCUGCUCGGCUUCCUCCUCUUCCUCAUCCCUGCUCGAAAGCCCUGGCCAUCUGCAGUUUCCAGCGAGAGCAAAGGUGAUGAUGAGGAGGAUGAGGAGGAAGAGGAUCCAUUAGCACCAAUGAUCACAUGGAAAGACUUUCAGAGACUCAUGCCAUGGGAGAUUGUUAUUCUGGUUGGAGGGGGAUACGCGCUGGCUGCCGGAUGUAAGGUUUCAGGACUCUCCAUGUGGAUUGGUCGGCAGCUGGAGCCAAUGAGUGGUCUUCCUCCCUGGGCCGUCACACUGUUGGCCUGCCUGCUCGUGUCCGCCGUCACAGAGUUCGCCAGCAACCCCGCAACACUUACAGUAUUUCUACCCAUCCUCUCCGCCUUGUCAGAGACUCUACAGAUCAAUCCUCUACACACUCUCAUCCCCGCCACCAUGUGUGUGUCCUUCGGUGUCAUGCUGCCCGUUGGAAACCCGCCAAACGCCAUUGUGUUCAGUUAUGGACACGUGCAGAUCAGCGACAUGGUUAAGGCUGGAUUUGGAGUGAAUCUGAUUGGAGUUUUUGUGGUCAUGUUGGCCAUAAUGACAUGGGGAGGGCCACUUUUCCAGCUGAAUGAAUUCCCCACCUGGGCGGCGAUGCGUAAUGUCACAGGCAGCUUGUAGCCGGCGGUGGACGGAAGAUGCAUAUGUGUGUUUGACAUGUAGGGACCGAAGACACUGAAUAUACACUGAACGAGGCACAUGCCUGUUACAGCGGCCUUAUUUUUCCAUCUGUGGAGUACAGAUUUAAGAAGACAGUAUACGUAAUGCUUUGUGGGAAAAUGCAGAACUCACUGUGACUUCAGCUGGAAAUUUUAUUUUUACUCAUUCAGAUGAAAUGUUUCAUCUAUUACAUAUAAAAAGCUAUUGUGGCACAGUUAGUAGCAAAUAUUUCAAGUUACCAGCUUCUUUUCACUUAUACAUUAGUGCUGCCUUAAAGUAUUAGGCUUAAAUUAACAUCUUUAGAGAUGAACGCACAAGUUUGAGAGCCUACAUAGAACAAAAAAGACAAAAUACAAUCAGCAAUGCAUGUUUUGUACCAACUGAAUGUAACACAUCUGUAUGCUUUAUUUUCUGAUGUCUAACAAAUGUUAUGAUACAUCUGCAUAAGUUACUUGAGCAUUUUGAGAGAGAUUAUACAUUAGUUGAAACAGCUGUAUGAAAUCACACAGUAUAUAUCAUGCUCUUACCUAAAUGUUACAUACUUUGUAUGGACUGGUUACAGGAGAAGCGUUGAGUACAAAUCUACCGUUGUUCUUGCAAUCGUAAUU